ACAGCCAGGGACAGCAUGCAACGUGACUGCAGAGAUUUUGCAAUGGCGCCCUCCCUUUGGGAUGGGACUCUGUCUAUCGACGACUUCAACGCCUCGGCGAAGGCUCUGAUGACCAAGUGGAGGGAGAUUGAUGUCGAAGAUUCUCUUCCAGACUGGACAUGGAAACCUUGCUGCACAAUGGGGGUGGCAUCUCAGGUAGAGGGGUUUCUAGCUCUCGAAGGAGUGUUUCACACUGGUGCAGGAAGCCAGACUGAGGACAACAACAACCUCAGCGAUGAAAGAACUGUAGAGCAUGAUACUUGGGUAAGUUUUCAGUUUCCAUUAGUAUUUUUUUGUCUAUGUUACCUGCAUAAGGGUACAUUACCAUGCUUCGAACCCCUGUCGUUUCAUUACGUUGGCCUGCAUUGUAGCGUUGUGGUCUACUCUUUUGGCCGAAGGAUUCCACUGCUGCUGCUGGUUAUCCGGCCACUGCCCCAGCUGAAGAUGACUCAUUGUUGCGUUUCACUGCCAUUAUGGUUGGUUGCAUGCGCUGCUUUUAGAGGGCAGCCUAUCGCUGUUGCUGGAGUUUGCUCCUCCGCUGGUGUAGGUUGCCCUAUUGCAUGUUCAAGUAGGCGCAGGUUUCCCGCUCCUCGGAGGUGCGAGCAAGAUCCAUGGCGUCCUCCAGGGUGGCCGGGAAUAUCAACCACAUGUCUCUCUGGAGUGGCUUGCGGAGGCCAGACACAAACAACUCCAGCAAAUUAG